GCCUUCCAGCGUCCCGGACAGUAGGGAGCAUCUCGAGAACGCCGGUAGUGCCGCCUCCCCAAUUCACAGGAACACCACACGCGCACGCAGUACCGGCACUUCCACCCGCACAUCGCCAUGAGGCUGUCCGCUGCUCUCCGUAACGCAUGCCGGAACCUCCCGGUGGGUCCAGGGCAUGUACCUCGGCACGGUUCCCGUCUUCUCGGUACCCGGAGGACCUCUGCGCCGCUUCCGUUUGGGAGCCACCGUGCCCUCGCGCGUGAUGCCAGCACGGGCGGACACACAUCUGAAGCGGCGGCAAAACUCAGGAAGCGACGAGAUGGAUCCGUCAGUGAACACGCCGUCAGGGAGGUGAUCCAGCAGAGCAGACAGGAGUUGGCCCAACUCUGCAGAGAGAACACGGCCAUCACACCUGUGCUCGCCAUCAUACAGGCAGCUGAGGAUGACCGUUUCCUGGAGAUCAACAAGAAGAUGGCGGCCAAGGUGGGGUUGAGCAUCAUGGACAUCAGUCUGCCAGAAUCCUGCACUGAGGAGGAGGUGCUGGAGGAGGUACUGCGGCUGAACGAGGACUCUGCUGUGCGGAGCAUCUACCUGCACCUGCCGCCGUCCCGCCUCACACCACCCCUGCUCAGCAGCCUCGCGCCGCACAAGGACGUGGACGGGGUGUGUGAUGUGAACGUGGGCCGCGUGGUCAGGGGGGAUCUGAGCCAAAGCUUCACCGCUCCUCUGGCCAGAGCUGUCCUGGAGCUGCUGAUCAGACACGAUGCGUGUCUAGAGGGAAAAACUGCCGUGGUGGUGGGAGGAGAAGGACCCCUUGGGGCGGCCCUGCAGUGCCUGAUGGAAAAAGCAGGCGUGGCGGUUCUGAGAUGUCACCCCGAUACUGCAGCCCUGCAGACACAGGUGCAGGGUGCUGAUGCUGUGGUGGUGUUGAGGGGCGCUUCCUCCCCCUUGCUGCCCAGAUGGCUGAAACCUGGAGCCACCCUAAUCUCCUGCAGUCCCAGCGCAACAGAGCCCAGUGUGGGGGCGGAGUCUGUUGCCGUGAGCUCCUGGACUGAAGUCGCCCAACUGAGUGCUGCCUUCAGGAUGCAGAAUGCAGUCCAGAGCUGUAGAAUGUGGGCGGAGUCUCAGCGGUAUCAGCCCUGGAGGCUCCACCCCCUGAAGCUGCAGCCACUUUCACCUGUGCCCAGUGAUCUGUCCAUCUCGCGGGCGCAGGCCCCUAAGCCCAUUGGUCAGUUGGCCCAGGAGAUCGGCCUGCUACCGGAGGAGCUGGAGCUGUACGGGCGCUCUAAGGCUAAAGUGCACCUGUCCCUCCUGCACCGCCUCACAUACCAGCCCAACGGCAAAUACGUCAUCGUCGCCGGCAUCACUCCUACUCCUCUGGGCGAGGGCAAGAGUACGGUCACUAUUGGUCUGGUCCAGGCCCUCUCUGCUCACCUGCGGCUCAACUCCUUCGCCUGUCUCAGGCAGCCUUCCCAGGGACCCACGUUUGGAGUCAAGGGAGGGGCAGCAGGUGGGGGUUAUGCCCAAGUCAUUCCUAUGGAGGAGUUCAACCUCCACCUGACAGGAGAUAUCCACGCCAUCACAGCAGCCAAUAACCUUCUGGCCGCGGCUGUGGACGCCCGCAUCCUGCACGAGGCCAGCCAAUCAGAUAAGGCCCUGUAUAGCCGCCUGGUGCCGUCUGUGAACGGAGUCCGCCGCUUCUCACCCAUCCAGCUGAGCCGACUUCAGCGGUUGGGGAUCACACACUCAGACCCAGCUGCCCUGUCUCCUGAGGAUGUGAGGCGAUUCGUCCGUCUCGACCUUGACCCUGAGAAGGUCACUUGGCAGAGAGUGCUGGACACUAAUGACCGUUUCCUCCGGAGCAUCUCAGUGGGUCAAGCACCUACAGAGAAGGGCCACGUACGCCAGGCUCAGUUUGACAUCGCGGUGGCGAGUGAGAUUAUGGCCAUCUUGGCGCUGGCUGAUGACCUCACCGAUAUGAGACGGCGGCUGGGGAACAUGGUGGUGGGCAGCAGCAGGAGUGGACAACCGGUCACUGCAGACGACCUGGGAGUGACGGGAGCUCUUGCUGUGCUGAUGAAAGAUGCCAUCAAACCUACACUCAUGCAGACCCUCGAGGGCACCCCAGUGUUUGUGCAUGCGGGCCCGUUUGCCAACAUCGCCCACGGCAACUCGUCAGUGCUGGCCGACAAACUGGCCCUCAAGCUGGUGGGAGAGGAAGGUUACGUAGUGACGGAGGCGGGGUUCGGCGCUGAUAUCGGGAUGGAGAAGUUCUUCAACAUCAAGUGCCGCUCCUCCGGCCUGCGGCCCAGCGUGGUGGUGCUGGUGGCCACCGUGCGCGCGCUCAAGAUGCACGGAGGGGGACCCAGCGUGUCAGCAGGAGCGCCUCUACCCAGAGAGUACACUGAGGAGAGUCUGCAGCUGGUGGCGUCUGGCUGCAGUAACCUCCAGAAGCAGAUUCAGAUCGCUCAGCUGUUUGGCGUCCCCGUGGUGGUGGCACUCAACGUCUUCAAGACGGACUCCCAGGCGGAGCUGGAUCUCGUGUGCUCCAUUGCAAAGGAUUGUGGGGCGUCGGCGGCGGUGCCGUGCCACCAUUGGUCGCGAGGGGGGCGGGGCUCCCUGGAGCUGGCCAAUGCCGUGAAGGACGCCGCCGCACAGCAGAGCUCAUUCCGCUUCCUCUACGACCUGCAGAUGCCCAUCGAGGAGAAGAUCCGUGUCAUCGCCCAAAAGGUGUACGGGGCAGAUGAUGUGGAACUCUCCCCAGAAGCCCACGCCAAGGUGGAAUACUACACCCAACAGGGCUAUGACUCGCUGCCGAUCUGCAUGGCUAAGACGCACCUGUCUCUGUCGCACCUGCCGGAGAGGAAGGGCGUGCCCACCGGGUUCACUCUGCCAAUCAGGGACCUCCGCGCCAGCAUCGGGGCGGGCUUCAUCUACCCCCUGGUUGGAACGAUGAGCACGAUGCCAGGCCUGCCCACACGACCCUGUUUCUAUGACAUCGACCUUGACCCCAUCACCGAGGAGAUCACCGGGCUCUUCUGAGCAUGCUCAGUGUGACUGGGCAGUGGCAGAAUAUGGCCUGGACCUGAGGCCAUGUUGCUAUGCCAACAGUGUGUCCAGGUGUGUGGACAUCCUCAUCGGUCAGAUGGCUGAAGACUGGACCCAGCUUUACACACACACACACACACACACACACACACACACACACACACACACACACACACACACACACACACACACACACACAGCUGGACCCAGCUUUAAACACGCACAGAAACACGCAUACAAACACACACACACACACACACACACACACGCAUACACACACACACACACACACACACACACACACACACACACACACACACACACACACACACACACACACACACACACACACACACACACACACACACCAUGAGGGGGAUACUGGAUACAGUGUUAAUGCUUCUACUUUCGUUUGUUUUAGUUUGUUAGUUUUAGAGGGGACAUUUUAAAUGCUGAUGCUUUUGUCUGUUAUUUAUAAAUGCAGCUAAUCUCAACUCCUGCACAUGUGCUCUUCACUGUGCUGGUGAAAUGUGAGCAGCUUUUAGAAAAAGAUCAUUUCUGUUUUGAUGACUGUUAACAUGUCUAACACUGCUACUCCAUUGGCUUGAAUGAACUGUCAUUUAACUGUAUAACUGUCAACACGUUUUCUACAUUUGAUCAGUAAAUCAUUUCAUCUUUUAAAA